AAAAAAUUGUGAAAUAGCAGGCGGCAGAGUGGCAGUGCUUACUGGCUACUGCGUAGUGAGCGGGAUAGUUGUACUAUUCCAGAAAUGGAUUUGGCUAUCUCCUCCUCCUCCUUCUCCUCCGUCUUGGGCAUCAAAUACCGAAGCAUACCCCGGAGGAUUGUGAAUAGAUAUUAUGGAUUCAAACACUCUCCUUCUGCUCCUGGAAAUGGAAUCACUGCGGCAGGGAAGCCCUCCCGUCUGACGACAAGGAUGGUUUCGAACGGUUAUGUUUCCGGAGAGCGAGGCAGAAGCUUCAGAUUUAGGGAUAGUAAGAUUUACAGGAGGCAGGACUCCUGUUUGAUAAUUGCUCCGCCCAAUGGUAUAAGGCCACGCGCCAUCAUCAAAUUCUUGGGCGGUGCAUUCAUCGGAGCUGUUCCUGAAGUCACUUACGGCUACCUAAUGGAGCUAUUGGCGGAGGAAGGGUUUGUUAUUGUUUCAGUGCCUUACAAUGUGACUUUUGAACAUUCCCAGGCUGCUACACAGGUUUACGAGAGGUUCAAUGCCUGCUUACGUUCAAUCCUCUCCUCUGGAUUGCCCCAUGCCAAUUUAACAUCUGCCCAACUUGUUGAUCUUCCUCUAUUUUCCGUUGGCCAUAGCAAUGGCGCGCUUCUUCAAAUACUCAUCGGAAGCUAUUUCUCCGACAUGAUACCAAAGGCUAAUGCCGUGAUUUCAUACAACAACAGGCCAGCAACAGAGGCAGUGCCUUACUUUGAGCAGUUGGGUCCUCUAGUUCGUCAGAUGAUGCCAAUUAUAGAAGCAUCUCCAGUUUAUUCAGUGGCUAGGAAUGCCUCAGGAGAUGCAUGGAAGAUGCUACUUGAUGUGGCUGGAGCAAUGAUGGCAGAGGGUGAUCAGGAAUCCCUAAUUUCAAUGACCAACUUUGUCGAUCAGUUGCCAUCAGUCCUAAAUCAGGUUACUCAAGGGACAUCAGAGUUCAAGCCAACGCCAUCUGAAAAUCGUGAUUUUUUUAAGAGCUCAUACAAUGUCCAACACACCCUAUUGGUGAAGUUCAACUCUGAUACAAUUGAUGAGACGGAUCUUCUUGAUGAGACAUUGAAGCCUCGCGUGGAGGUCAUUGGUGGGACGCUAGAAAAGGUCCAAUUGAGUGGUAACCAUAUCACACCAUGCAUACAGGAACCAAAGUGGGAAGUCGGUUAUGUGUAUACUCCAGCUGAUGCGAUUGCUCAGGGGCUUAAAACUCUUUCAUUGAAUGAGACUAGAGUGCUUUCCAGAACCAUAAGCGACUGGUUCAGGCGUUUUGAAGAUUCAAGUCCUUGAGGUUAUAUUUCUUACAACUAGAAAAAAGUCAGGGGACUUUAGAAGCUUAUAUUUCUUACAGAAUGUUUUCUCGAAGCAUCUAAACCCUCCAAACUGGAACUCUCUGCUUUAGAAUUACAAAGAUGUUAUUAUUGCGUGGACCUGCAAAACCUAUACAACGUGCUUUUAUUGGAAAUAUAUACUAUGUUAUGUUAUGAAACUAGAAACCUAGAAUUGUGUCUCGUGCACAUUUGUGGAGACUAGAGAUUAGAGAAGCUGUUCUGGUAACAUAUGUAAAGCCUCUGAAAGUUCUGAACCUAGGACUAGGUGAAAGGGUCCAAACUAACGCUUUUAUUUUUAUUUUAUUUUAUUUUUAUCGCACUUUGCUGUUGUGGCA